AGAAGAGCGAAUACCACUCCGGUUCUCGAGAAAUUUCCUUUUUUUUAUUUCAAUUUGUAGUACAUACAAUAAAAAUAAACAAUGUUCUAUUUGUUUAAAUUUGAAGGUUCUUGACAAGAUUCUAACCUCAACACUCUAUAGUUGGCAUAUAGGUAGCAUAGAGUGUAAUGUUUAAGUGAUUUAUAGAUCAAGAAUUAUGAUGAUAAAAAUUCCCACUAGAAAUAUUUUUUAUAAUUUUCAAAAUGGACUCAAACCUACGUCUUCCGAGGUACUUACUAAGUACAUUAAACAAUCUGAUGAACCACCUUGGACUUCGUAUUUUAUAAAAUAUUCGAGUGUAAUUGAUGAUCAGUGGGGAAAAUCACACUUUAAUUGGAGAGUGGGAAAAUCGAAUUACCACAUAUUACGAACUGGAUGUUUCCCAUACAUAAAAUAUCAUUGUACAAAAAGAGCUUAUCAGAAUUUGAAUGUAGAAGAUAUAUUUUUCAGAGUAAUAAAAGUCAUUAAUUUGGGACUGCCUUGUCUUGCAUAUGGAGUUGCAGCAACUAUACUAAUAAAACAUUCAGAAAUCGUUAAAACCAGUAGAGGAGACGUAGAAAUUUAUUUCCUAUACGCUGAAGAUAAAGGAUCACUUUAUUAAAAUGUUAAAAUAUCAGUAGUUUUUUAAUCAUAAUAUAUUAAUAUACUUUUAGAAAAUAAAUAUAUUGCCAAAAAA